GACAGUCCUGAGCUGAUUAACACGCUGCAUGCUGAUCCUUCGGGGCUGCUUAUAUACCCUUCUGCUUAGGAUCUACAGAGGCUGGGUCAGGCUUACACACUUACUGCAACUCAGCAAUUGGGGGGUCAGCAAUGGGCUGUUGACAGGAGAGAUGUUUCCAGACUUCUGCAAUAAAUACCUGGGACUUUGUUGUCACCUUACGCCCAUGUAACCAACCUGGGGCCAAGUCUUAAUUUCUGUGCACUAAAAAGAUUUGGACAACUCCCACCUGUCACAUUAUCUGCCCAAAUUACCAUAACUGAUCAAGGUGAUCUUGGAACUUUCUGGGGGGUUUUGGGAUUAAAGAAUGGGAAGCACAGUUAUGGACACCAAGAAGAAAAAAGAUGCUUCUGCUAAGAAGAACACAAGUCCAAAAAAGAGGAUGCUGAGAGUCCAUAUACCUGAUCUCAGCUCGUUUGCUAUGCCCUUUUUGGAUGGAGAUUUGGAAAGUUCAGAGAAAAAUGCCUAUAGAAAGUCGGACGAGUCCAGUAGCGCUGGUAGCCCCUCAAAAAGCUUCUUCCCCAGAGUUCUCCAGAACCGGCCUUCUAGUCCUUUAUCUGCUCCAGUCAAAUCAAAAUACAGCCCUGGAUCUCCAAAAACAGUUUUUCCGUUCCCACAUCAAGAAUCUCCUCCUCGUUCCCCACGUCGUAUGAGCUUUAGUGGCAUCUUCAGAUCCUCUUCCAAAGAUUCUUCUUCACCCUGCUCAACCACAUCUACCUCACCUGGUGGCAUUAAGUUUUUCACACGAUCGAGAAAAGCCUCAGGACUUUCCUCUUCCCCCUCUACUCCCACUCAAGUGACCAAGCAGCCCAGCUUUCCCCUGGAAUCAUACAAACAUGAGCCGGAAAGGUUAGAAGCCAGAUUAAGAUCGUUCUCCUCUCCACCGGACACUGGCCAGAGGUUAUCAUUACCUCAUUUGGCAGUAACUAUGACAAAGUCCUUCUUAGUGUCAUCACCACUCAGCACUACCUCAAAAACAGCUCAAGGCACCAUUGAAGGCAUGCUGGAGAAAUUGGAGCUAGAAGAUGAAGCUGUUGAAGAAUCAGAGAGUGACAUCUACAUGCGCUUCAUGAAAUCGCACAAGUGUUACGACAUUGUUCCAACCAGUUCAAAACUUGUUGUAUUUGACACUACAUUACAAGUGAAAAAGGCUUUUUUUGCAUUGGUAGCCAAUGGUGUCAGAGCUGCUCCCUUAUGGGAAACGAAAAACCAGAAUUUUGUAGGUAUGUUAACAAUUACAGAUUUCAUAAACAUAUUGCAUCGAUACUACAAGUCUCCUAUGGUACAGAUUUAUGAGCUAGAAGAACAUAAGAUAGAGACGUGGAGGGAACUUUACUUACAAGAAACUUUCAAGCCUUUAGUGAACAUUUUUCCAGAUGCAAGUCUCUUUGACGCAGUAUAUUCCUUGAUCAAAAACAAAAUCCACAGAUUACCUGUUAUUGACCCAGUCAGUGGGAAUGCACUUUAUAUUCUUACCCACAAAAGAAUCCUCAAGUUCCUUCAGCUUUUUGUGUCGGAAAUGCCAAAGCCUGCCUUUAUGAAGAAGAACUUAGAGGAGCUUGGUAUUGGGACAUAUCACAACAUUGCCUUCAUACAUCCACACACUCCAAUCAUCAAAGCUUUGAAUAUAUUUGUUGAGAGAAGAGUGUCGGCAUUGCCUGUUGUGGAUGAAUCUGGAAAAGUUGUAGAUAUUUAUUCCAAAUUUGAUGUAAUUAACCUUGCUGCUGAAAAAACGUAUAAUAAUUUAGACAUUACCGUAACGCAAGCUCUUGAACAUCGCUCUCAGUAUUUUGAAGGAGUUGUAAAGUGCAGUAAGCCGGAAACACUGGAGACUAUUGUUGAUCGAAUAGUUAAAGCCGAGGUGCACCGACUGGUAGUUGUAAAUGAAGCAGAUAGCAUUGUAGGAAUUAUCUCUCUAUCGGAUAUUCUACAAGCCUUGGUGCUUUCUCCAGCAGGUGCCAAAAGAAAAGAGAGUGAGGCAGAAUGACCUGGCUGACGAUGUGAAUGCAAUUCUUUUCUUUUUUUUUUUUUCUUUUAAAUAGAACUUGAAAGAUUUUUUUUGUGUCAAACCUUUAUUUUUUUUUUGCCUCAGAAACACUGACUACAAUAGAACUAAAGAUUUUAGAAUGUGUAAUAUGUGGCAGUGAUGUGCAGGGAGUGACUUCCUUAGUCAAAUAGUGACAGAAAUCUCUUUGUUGCAAAUUGUUACUUUAAGCUGUCAUAUCAAAACUGAAGUUUUACCUCUUCUGAUAUUCAGAUUAUUGCUUUACUUAUAGUUGUACAGUAUGGCAUACUCAUAGCAUAGCUUCUGAUGUAAAAAUAUAGCAUUAUGGUCCUGAUGCCCAUUACUGCCACUGAAGUGCGACACUGUAUUGAAUGUGAAAAGUCAUUAACCUAAAACCAAAUUAGUUUCAGAUCUUAUUAGACUCUAAAGCUGCUGUGCCACGUACUAAAAAUAUAAAGCUGCGUUGCUGAGUGACUAGUGCUGCAUUGUCAGUGGUUUGCAUGCACGGGUCCCUGUGUUUUUGGGGGUUUUUUGUUUGUUUUUUAGACAUAAGGCCUAAAAGAUCAGCGUGACUCUUUAUUUCAUCUGCCUGACAGAUUGUUGAGUCAAUAUAAUACAAGCUGAUUUCUACCCAUAAUAAAAGCCUUAUGCACAGCUGCAGUACACAGCAAGGUGGCGCCGUAACACCUGUUUUGUAGUCUUUCCCCAGUCUUAUCUGGCAACACUGCUAUUUCAUAAACGUAAUAUGAAUCUGAUGAAUGACUGAAACUUUAACCCAUACUUGCUGGAAGGAAAUGCUUUAUAAUGGUUAUUCCAACAAAGAUGGACUCUAUACUAGUUUAGUUUUAAGUUUCAAUGCCAGAUGAAUGAGACACUGAACAAGAGUACAUCAUUAUUUAUUUUUACUUUAAAUAAUAAAAAAAAAACAUUUUUUACAGAAUUUUGGUGAACAGACGUUCGCCAUAUCAUUAAUAAACUCUUGAUUGUUAUGAAACAAAUGGCAAAUUAUCUCUUUAUUUUUGCUUAGCUAAUAUGGAAGCCCAUUUUAUUCGGUUUGUAAAUAAAACUGAUGUUCUGUACUGUAAUGUAAAUAAGCAGUUAUUGAGAUAACCAAGUGCCAGAGAAACACGUAUAUAUAUUUGUGUAUGAAAUUGUAAAAUCAAUUUUGUAUAAUUUCAGAUGUUUUUUUUUAAAAAUUGGUAUGGUAUGUUUUGUUUUUUUCAUAGAAUUUUCAGAGUAUUGCAAGAUAUGCUAAUGUCUAUGCACAAAAUGACAUUAGAUGAUAACAUUUGCUUGUCUUGCAAAAUCUCAACAGUAAUCGGUAAUAUGAAGGUGCACUCACUAUUAAAGAUAACACAAAGUAUUCUGUCCCACAACGCAUUUUACAUUUAGUUACAUGCAAACUCUUUGUAACUUUAUUGUUUUGGAAGAUGUAAAGUUUAUAUACAGAAUCAUCCAGUAGAAUAAUCUGUACUGCUUUGGGGGGCAUUCCCCCCUAGUAUGACAAAAUAAGAUGGCUGUGAAGCAAGUUACGUGUGCACAUAGUGUAAAAUGUUUGCAUAGAGCAAUAGAAUUCUGCUAUUCUACCCUGUUCCAAAACAGGGAUUUAGAUCUGCUACGAAAUAUAAAGCCUGUCUGAUUUGCUAAAACAUAAAUGUUUGACAUUGGAGUCCUCAUAUCUAGGGUAAUGCCAGAUUUGUUCCCACCUUUUUAAUUAUUUUAGUGAGUUUACAAAUCUUAAAAAAAAAAAAAAAAGCUAAAAUACGCUUGCUAGAUGUAUAGCUCUGUCACAGUGGCAUUUAAUCGAUUUGGGCCUUUUGGAAUAUACUGCAUUUGAAAAAGAAAAGUGAUUGAGCCUAUGACAUAUGUGGGUUUUUAAUGCCUCAGCAGGGACUCUUUAUAUCUGCUUUUGUGUCAUUCAUGUAUCUUGAGCUCUUUUAUUUUCUUGUGGCAUAAUAUUGUUAAAUGCAGAAUUUAUUUGUAUUUUUUUUAACAAACCCAUGCAUCUAAGCUGCUUAAAAAAUUGAUUUUACACCCCCAACAUUGUGUUAAUCAGCAUUCACUGAACUGAUAACUAGAAAUUGUAUGGCCUAAACUUCUCCAAUUCAUAGGACCUUCUUUUCAGCCUGUUCACUAAAGAUAUGUCUCUUUAAAUUUUAGUGAACAGGUUCAUCUGAAGUGCUUAGCAAUUUGAAGGGUUUUUGUCAUUUGGACCUUUCAAUUGUUUGUGUAGUGAGGGCUUUGUUUUUUUUAUGUACUACUGUAUUUAUAUAGUUAAUAUACAGCUUUGAUCUGUGAUACAGUGAGUUCACCCUUUAAACAGAAUAUGACAAACAUAUGCUAAAUACAUUAUGUAUGUUUGCCGUUUGUUUUUAUAUUUCUUUUACACAUUUUCUCCACUUUUUAUAAAUUGUUAAUAAUGACCCUAAACCAAUGAUAUUAUCUGGUAUACACCCUCUUCUGACUUAUGUAUAUGUUUAUCUUCUUUCCAUCCAUAUCCUAUAAAAGUAAAUUUUAUGAGUUUUCUUGCAGAAGUUUUCCAGGUGCAAAAAUGUCAAACACAUUUAGAGAAAAAGAUCUGCAGUUUAAUUUUUUUUUUUUUUUUUUUUUUUUAACUAUUUUGUAAAUUGAGAGCAGAUUUUUAGAUGAGGUAGGAGGAAAUAUUCGUAACAUUUUCUCCUUUAGAUGGACACAAAUGUAAGAAAACGGCUACAUAGUGAAAAUAUCCAUAAUAAGAUUCUAAUAUGUAUAUUUAUGUUGUUUACAAUGUCAGGAUUAAUGCUUAAUUAUUGCCUAAUUUAUCACCAAUCUGAAAUUCCAAUAAAAUGGUUUUAGGGUCUUUAGAAAUAUAAGAUCAUUUGACGCCAUAUAUUCACUGUAAUAAUUUGAAACAAAAUACACCCGAGUUUUAUCCUGUCUGCCAUGCUUCCUCCUGGACCUCCUGUCUCUGUUUAGUGACAGCGAGCACUAGAUGUGAUCAACGAUUGGUUUAUUGUUAUUCAUGUGCAAAGUUACAUGCUGUUUCCACCAUUUAGAUAUUUCAGACACUGGAUUUAUUAAAAUAGAAAUGCAAAUCUAAAGAUCUAUAUUUUCAACGAUAUUAAGACUUGGGGGCAAAUUUUUCAAGCUAGACAGCCUUCAGGUUCGCCGGAAAUCAACCCGAUCGAAUACGAUUGGGUUGACUGACAACCCCUGCUAGCGGCCGAUUGACUGCGAAUCAGCUGGGGGCGGAAUUGCACCAGCAGUUCACCAGAACUGCUAGUGCAAUGAUAAAUGCAGAGAGCGUAUUCUGUCGGCAUUUGUCGAUGUGCAGCGGACAUGAUCCGCAAUAUCGGAUCAUGUCCGCUCGCACAUUAAUAAAUAGGCCCCUUGACCUUUUUUUAAAAUAUACGGUGUCUGAAGACUAUCUGAAUACCAGAAACCAUGCUUAACCCUGUUAUUCGUAUUGCAAACGAAUAGUUAAAAUACCAAUUAUUGCACAUCUACAAAGUCCCAAAUGUUUCACAAACACAGCUUGUAAUAUUGCAAAAACAGAGCUCAAGAACUGAAUAUUGCACCAGAGAGACUAUUGAAUAAUCUGAGGUUUGGAAUCAAACUGCAUGUUUUAAUGUUAAAAAAAAACAACUUUAAACUAUUCUAUCUUUCAUUCAUUCAUUCAAUUAAAAAUUUUUUUUUUUAAAAAGGACCAUUUACAAUAGAGAGGGUACAUUUUUCUAUUAUAUUUUACAGAGUAUAUUAUUUAAAGUAUCCUAAAUACAUUUUUUUUUAUUAACAAGCUACACAUAAUGGACAUGAAGUUAUAUUCUUUAUAUGACUUCAAUUUAGUAGAAUUAUAUGUGAAUUUAGUUCAAAAAAAUCUACGCCUCGACAGCCAUAACUUGAACAUAGUGAAUCCAUAUAUACUGUAUAUGUGUAAUUACAUUAACACAAGAAGCGGUUUGUAAAUAUUGGGCUAUCUUAUCUUACAGUAUUACAUAUUUAUAAAAAAAAUAAGCUAUUUCUUCAUAUUUACUAAUAUGCAAUGAGGGCAUGUAUAGCAGCACUAUAUAAAUCAAACUCUAAAAAUCGGUGUAUAAUACAUUUAAAAACAAUUAGCACUUUAAAUCUGAAACUGCUUGAUUCAAAUUAUUUUAUGUUAUGAAUAAGUUAAGGCUUUAUAUUCGAUCAAAAUAAAGUGACAAAAAGCAAACAUUGUUGACAGUUUAAAAGAUAAACCAUUGUUUGAAAUAUCAUAUUUAAUAUUAGAUAAUUUAUUGGUUUUGAUAUUUUUAGUGAGUAAAGUUCUAAAGUAAGAUUUCUUUCUAAUUGUAGUGAGAGUCCACAAUACUCUUUUAGGAAUUACUUGACCUGGCCACCAGGUGGAGGCAAAGAUAUCCUACACUAGAGUUUCAAGUAUCCCUCCUACUUCCCUUUCCCUCACAGUAAUUCUUUGUAGGUUUGGAUUGAGAUGCUGCUGAAAUUUUGAAGAUUUUCAGAUUGUAUUCCUUUCAAGGGAAAGAUGAAAGAUUCCUGGAAGAGAAGAGAUUGGAGGGUGCUGUUUGGGCAUUUUCCUCUUUGUUGCAGUUGAGCCACAAACUAGCCAUGGGUGUUGCAAGGUAGUACCUUAGCCACCUCCUUUUUGGCAAGACUGUUCACCCUAUUCACAACCUUCCAUUCUCUGCUUUUUACAGAUAUGGACAGGGCCUACAUGCAGUUUACCCUAAGGAGUGAAUCUGAAUGGGGGUAAGUUUAUAUUCCUGGGGCUUCACUCCUAUCCCUGUUAAAGCACUUAGUAAGUGCUGGGGAUACCUUUAUCCUGCAUUCAGCUGGUGUUUGUUGUGGCUGGCUUAGCACUUCAAGAGUGUCGGAUCGAGUGGCAGCUCACUUUGCACCUUUGGAAGUUGCAGGAGGGGGUGAGACGCAAUACACCAGAGCAGAGAGUUCAUUGAUAUUCUGAUAUAUUUUGUAAUCUCUAUAAAAUGUUUUAUUGGAUACAUAAUCUCUUUAUUAUCUACUGUGUAGUUUUCCCUUCUCCUUGUGGAGUAUGGAUUAACCAGGGACUGAAGCCUUUGAAGAAGGACGCUCUGAGGGUGAUGAUAUUUCAGGUUCCAAUUUUAAAUUGAAUAAAUGUUUGCUGUGUAGGUCUGCCAUAGUAUGCCCUCCAAUACAACUCGGUUGCUCAUGCUUAACAUCUGUUCUUUAGAACCAUUCUCAUGAUCCAGGUCCAUCAUCUUAGGCAGAUUGUUACUCAAGGUGGUGUAACAGAAUUUGCACCACAGUUUAAAGCUUAAUUGCAAUCGCUGGUGUCUGUAGCUAUUGCAGCUCUGUCACCUGCAAGCAAUCGCAAACUCCAACAUACUUAUAGUUUAUCUUCCAAAUUCAGCCGCCACUGUUAGCCCUCCGGCUAUUCGGCAAGCACAGGAAUCUGAUCUGGAUGGAUCCCCUUCUGCAUCUGAUGGGUAGGUCUUAUCUGGUGACUCCUUUUCAGAGUCAGACAAGGAAAUUGAGGAAGUCAAUUUCCAGUUUACUAUGGACCAUUUAAAGUCUUUACUUAGAGGUUUUAAUAACCUUGGAGGUGUAGGACCUGAAAACCUGCUGAGGGGAAGACCGUCCAAAAGCUGGACAUUAUUUUAAACCAAAAUCUAAGUUUCCUGAGACGUUUCCUGUAUCUUCUCUGGUGUCUGAGAUCGAAGGAAUGGGAUAAGCCUGAAGUUCCUUUCUCCCCUUCUACUAAUUUUAAGAAGCUUUUUUUUCUGUCCCGGAGGUCAACCAAGACUUAUGGGGCUCUUCUUACAGUGAGGUUUACUCUUUCAACUGUCAAAGUGAGCGGUGGUCGCUGGUGUGACUCUCCGAUUUGGUCUCUGAAGAAUCAUCCUUGCAGGAGAUCCAAAAGCAUAUUCAAUUCUUGAAGCUGGCAAAUUCCUUUAUGUGUUAUGCAGUGGUUCAGAUUAUUCACAUCAAUGCAAAGAAUACUUUGCUGCAGGUCCUAGUCAGGCGGACUCUUUGGUUGUAAUCUAGGUCUGCGGACAUGGUUUCUAAAUCUAGACUAUUAUGCUAACUUUUUAAAGUUAAGACUCUUUUUGGUCCUGGUUAGAGUCUAUAAUUUCCACUGUGACAGGUGGUAAAGGGGCCUUUUUACAUCAAGAUAAAAAGGCUACACCUAAGGGUAAAUCUGGAUUGCAUUUUCAACCCUCUCACCAAAACAAGUAUCAGAGAUCGAAUUCCUCUCAGAAGCCAGAGUCUUCUAAGCCAGCGUUGAGACCGAAUCCAGUGUGGUAAAAAUCCAAAUCGUCCAAGAAGCCUUCAGAGACCAAGUCUGCAUGAAGGUGAGGUCCCCAAUCCGGAGUUAGCUCUGGUAGGAGGCAGGUUAAGCCUUUUUCAGGAGGCGUGGGUCAUGGAAAUUGUGUCUCGGUGCUACAGAAUAGGUUUCAGGUCUCCCCCUCUGCGGGGUAGGUUUAUUCUUUUUCUCAUUUACAAAAGUCCAGAAAAGAAACUUGACUUUUGUUGCUGUUUGAAGGACAUAGGAUAUGGUAAUUUACAGUCCCAGUACCUCAGUUGGAACAGGGAUCAGGGUUAUACUCCAAGCUGUUCAUUGUUCCAAAGAAGGGAGGAAUUUUUUAUCCUAUUUUGGACCUGAAAAUUUGAAACAAGUUUUUAAGGGUCCCUUCAUUCAAGAUGGAGACUAUCAGAUUGAUCCUCCCUUUAGUUCUUUGUGGUCAAUUUAUAUCUACAAUUAAUCUAAAGGACAUAUACCUUAACAAUCCAAUUCAUUGAGAACAUAAUUGGUUUCUUUGGUUUGCUUUUCUUGACAAGCAUUACUAGUUUACAGCUCUCUCUGUCAGUCUUGCUACUGCACCAAGAAUAUUCACAAAGGUUUUGUGAGCCCUUUUUUCUGCAAUUCGAGCUGUUGCUCCCUACUUGGACGAUAUCUUGAUUCAGGCCCCAUCUUUACCUUUAGCUAAGGCUCAUAUGGAAAAACUGUUGUGGUUUCUUCACAGUCAUGGCUGGAAGGUAAAUGUGGAAAAAGUUCUCUUACACCAAGAAAGUUCUUGGGAGUGGUCAUAGACUCAGUAGAAAUGAAGUGUUCUAGACAUGGUUUCUUAUGGAAGUCCUUGAAAAUUCCAUGGAUCCUACAAUUUCUUCAAGAGGGUCUAGAUGAGGGUUAUCAGCCAGUUCCCUCAAAGAUCAGAUUUCUGUCCUUUCAGUUCUGUUUUAUAGAAAGUUAGCUCAUUUUCAUGAUGUUCAAUCUUUUGUUGAGGCUCUUUAUUAAGAUUAAACCGGUUUUGAAACCAGUUUACCCUUCUUGGACUCUCAACUUGGUUCUCAGAGUUUUGCAGUCUCCUCCGUUCGAACCAUUGCAUUCCUUGGAUAUUAAAUUAUUCUCUUUGAAACUUGUGUUUCUUUUGGCGAUCUCUUCAACUCAUAGUUUCAGAAUGGUCAUCGCUUUUUUCUGAUCCUCAUUACAUGAUAUUUCUCCAGGAUAAAGCGGUUUUACGUACUGUCUGUUUUUUUGCAGAAGGUUGUUUCUGUUGAUAACAUGAUAGUGAAAUUAUUGUUCCUUCUUUCUGUCCAAAUCCGAAGUCAUCUAAAGAGAGGCUUCUACACAAUCUGGAUAUUGUAAGGGCUUUGAAAUUCUAUUUACAUGUGACCAAAGAAUUUUGCCAAUCUACCAGCUUUUUUGUUCUGUAUUCUGGGAAAAAUAAAGGUCAGAAGGCUACUUUGGUUUCCUUAUCUUUUUGGUUGAUGAGUUUAAUCUGUAUGACUUACUUGGAGGCGGGUCAGCAAUUGCUCUACUCGUUCAGGUUCAACUUCAUGGGCCUUCAAGAAUAAGGGUUCUGGAGAACACAUAUGCAAGGUUGCUACUUGGUCGUCCUUGCAUACUUUUACAAAGUUCGAUCAUUUUGACGUUUUUGCCUCGGCUGAGGCAGCGUUUGGCAGAAAGAUUCUGUAGGCAGUAGUCUCUGAUACUUAAAGGCCUGCCUCCUUUUUUAAAGUCCAUUUUCCCACCAAUUUUUUUCGUGGACUCCACAGCUUGGGUAUUGAUUCCCAAAAGUAAGUAUCAUGGACUCUCACUACCAUUAGAAAGAAAAUGUAAAUUAAUUCUUGCCUUGAUAAAUGAAUUUAUUUCUUGGUAGUAAGAGUCGACAAGCUCACCCAUAUUUUAUUUUUUGUGGCGGCAGUCCUUGUUUGCAUCUCUUUACCCCAUUUUCUUCUUACUUCUUCCUAUCCUCCGCUAUAUGCAAUACUGGGAGGGAAAGGGAAGUAGGAGGGAUACUUGAAACUCUGGUGUAAGGUGUCUGCCUCCUUCUGGGUGCCAGGUGAUGUAAUUCCCAAAAGUAAGGAUCAUGGACUCUCACUAACAAGAAAGAAAUUAAUUUAUAAGGUAAGAAUAAAUUUGUUUUGUAAUUAAAAUGUCCCAAACAUUUUUGUUUCAAGACAUCUGAUCCAUCUUAUUUUAGUGAUUCAAUUUGGGUCUUUACAUUAAAAAAAGAAGUAAAUAUUGUACAGAGUGUCCACCAAAGAUGCAUCCACAAGAACAAAUUGUUUUGGCUGACAGAAAAAAAAAUUACUGAAAACAUUUGCAAAUGUUAUUAAAUUUUAAGUUAUUAUUUAAAAUUUUUAUAAUUAUAAUGGUUACCCACAGUCAUGUUUUAGCUUUUUAAGGGGUGGGGUAUUUGGUUUCCAUCAAUGUAAUAUUGCUUUAUCUACAACUGUGGUUUGAUGGCCUUGUUAAUAAAAAGAAAAGAUUUUUCAAUAUUUGUGCCUGUAUUUCCUAAAACAUCAUGUUGAUUUGUUUUCACAAUGACUUGAUUGAAAAGAUGUUGUGCACUGUGCACCUUUACAACAGGGCUCAACAAAUUUACUCACUCCCGGUUAUUUGACCCCCAAAUCUUUCCACCAUGUUGCUGACAGUUCUGGCCGGCAUUGCACAUGAACUGAAGUGACAUAAAACUCCGCCCCUCCCCACAGGUCACAUGUUAUAGGUAAAGAGGCUUUUUAAAGAGGUAUUAGAGGGAGGGCAUGGCCAAAGUUUGAUUUGUAUUUCAUAGCUGUGAGGCCUAGAACAAAUAUAGCCACACAAGGCAAAGUUUUAGGAGCGGCUGGUGGGUGUGUGUGGGGGGGGGGCACCCAUGGGUAUUUUGGGGACCCAAAACCAUCUCACCAGGACCUAAUUUCAAGGCAUCAAUGGCUUCCCGGAGCCUGGGUUUGUCAAGUCCUGCUUUACAAGAUUAUAAACUUAUAGUAAUUAUAGAAAACCAAAUUCUAUGUAUAGUUAGCUUUCACAAAACAAAAAAUGCAUUAACAUAAUUUAAUAAAACAAUACUGUACAAACUGUAUUCUCUGGAACCUCCACCCUCUGUUCCACCAUCAAGUUAGUUAUAGCAGAAUUCACAGCUAUGGCUGCUCUGUUUCCAAACUUCUUCUUAGCCUUUAGCAGCAAUAGCGUGCUUCACAACAUAGCCCGCGAUCUAGACCUCUUCCAUGCGAGCCCUGGUAAGUCUCUCAAACCCUGACACUCUUAGGCAACAUCCUUUUCAAGUUUCUUUUUGAGGACAAGGUUACAGGUACAUACAAGCACAAUAGGAUACAUAGAAUUCCAAUACAUAUCUUGUACAGUUGUAUAUGAAAAAAAUAAAACCUAAAAAUCAAAAGCUAGGCUACCGUUUAUCAGAAAAAUAUCGGUUCAACAAAGCAAAAUUUACAGGUACAUGUAGACAUAGAAGCAUUACAUUAAGUUCUACUACAGAUUUUGGAGAUUCAAACGGUAACGUUUAAAUAUGACCUGCAUAUCUAAAAUCAGAUUACAGGUUGUCGAAGUAGUACCCAGUGGAGGCUCCUGCAUAGGAGUGGUAGUGACAACGCCUCAACAGUUUUUUGAGGAAAAGGAAAAAAUGCUAUUAAAUUGUAUCAUGUUUGUGCCAUACAUAAUAUUAUUGCCUUUUUAUAGUAAUGUCAGGACAAUUGUCCAGUAUAAUUCACCGUUUUGAUAUUGCAUAUUAAUCACAUAUGUCUGUGCUAUAUAAUAUAGGGGUACAAUUGAUCAUGUGUUUUUACUUAUAUAUUCAGGUACACAUACACAUAUAUAUUAUUUCUCUUGCAAGGUGUAUCCAGUCCACGGAUUCAUCCUUUACUUGUGGGAUAUUCUCAUUCCCUACAGGAAGUAGCAAAGAGAGCACACAGCAAAGCUGUCCAUAUAGCUCUAGCUCCACCAUCUAGUCAUUCUCUUUGCUGGCUCUAAGCACUAGGGUCUCUCUCGGGAGUGUAAAGUGAAUGUGGUGUUAGAAUUGUAGUUUUAUUAUCUUCAAUCAAAAGUUUGUUAUUUUAAAUGGUACCGGUUUGUACUAUUUACUCUCUAGCAGAAAAGUGAUGAAGAUUUCUGCUGAGAGGAAAAUGAUUUUAGCAUGUUGUAACUAAAAUCCACUGCUGUUCCCACACAGGACUGAGGAGUACCAGAAAACUUCAGUUGGGGGGAACAGUUUGCAGGGUGAUCUGCAAUAAGGUAUGUUCAGUCAUUUAUUUCUAGACAAGACUGAGAUAAUGCUAGAAGAGACUGACAAUAUCCCCAUGAGGGGAGGGUAAGCUAUGUUCACAGACUUAGUAAGGAAUGUAAUGCUUACAUAAUAGGGCUAAUUAUGCUGGUUGACACUUAUUCAGGGCAAUCGAUUGUUUGGCUAAGGAAAAAUCGUUUUGCAAGACACUUUGAAAGCCCUUUUGGGUUUUUUCUGGGGUUAUUACCACAUGGCUGUUUUUUAGUCACUUAGGAGUGAUUUAUUAGGCCUCACAGCUCCGGAGUAGAGUGGGAGGGGCCUAACUGCCUCAGAUGCGCACUUAGAAUUGCAGACAAGUUCAUGCUGUUUCACAUGGAGGGUCCUGCUGAUGUUUGAGGGCCUAAAAGAAUCUAUAUUCCCCCAAAUCUUCUCCCUAAGGGAAGGUAGGGCCACAGCAAGGCUGUGGCAUGGUGCUGUAGUGAUUUAACCAGGUGUUGGCUUUAGGCUGCUCUGGUUUGGGCAUUAAGGGGUUAAUCGUUUUGAAACUUGGGGUGCAAUCUUAUUAAGGCUUUAGCUACAUACUGUGAAAAUUUCAAAAAGAUUGCUGCAUUUUUCACCGUUUUGUAAAAUUGUGUGCUCUUUUUAUCUCUUAAAGGCACAGUAACGUUUUUUUCAAAUUGUGUUUUUUAUUUGAUUAAAGUGAUUCCAAGCCUUUUUGCGUACCAAGCCUGGUUUUCUUCCUAAAGUUGUUUCUAACAAGAAUAUUAACCAGGAAAUAGUUGUUCCUUCUCUGUGUCCUAAUCCAUCUUCGAAGAAGGAACGUCUGUUGCACAAUCCAUUUUCCCACCAAUUUUUUUCGUGGACUCCACAGCUUGGGUAUUGAUUCCCAAAAGUAAGUAUCAUGGACUCUCACUACCAUUAGAAAGAAAAUGUAAAUUAAUUCUUGCCUUGAUAAAUGAAUUUAUUUCUUGGUAGUAAGAGUCGACAAGCUCACCCAUAUUUUAUUUUUUGUGGCGGCAGUCCUUGUUUGCAUCUCUUUACCCCAUUUUCUUCUUACUUCUUCCUAUCCUCCGCUAUAUGCAAUACUGGGAGGGAAAGGGAAGUAGGAGGGAUACUUGAAACUCUGGUGUAAGGUGUCUGCCUCCUUCUGGGUGCCAGGUGAUGUAAUUCCCAAAAGUAAGGAUCAUGGACUCUCACUAACCAGAAAGAAAUUAAUUUAUAAGGUAAGAAUAAAUUUGUUUUGUAAUUAAAAUGUCCCAAACAUUUUUGUUUCAAGACAUCUGAUCCAUCUUAUUGUAGUGAUUCAAUUUGAGUCUUUACAUUAAAAAAAGAAGUAAAUAUUGUACAGAGUGUCCACCAAAGAUGCAUCCACAGGAACAAAUUGUUUUGGCUGACAGAAAAAAAAAUUACUGAAAACAUUUGCAAAUGUUAUUAAAUUUUAAGUUAUUAUUUAAAAUUUUUAUAAUUAUAAUGGUUACCCACAGUCAUGUUUUAGCUUUUUAAGGGGUGGGGUAUUUGGUUUCCAUCAAUGUAAUAUUGCUUUAUCUACAACUGUGGUUUGAUGGCCUUGUUAAUAAAAAGAAAAGAUUUUUCAAUA